GUGAACUCAAGGCUGGGCAUGAAUAUAAUAUUCCUUCAGAGGCAGUGUUCAUGGUUAAAACUCCACCAAUGCAUCGAUACCUCCAAAAAUUUAUACCAGAAGAAGGCAGCUUGGGUGCAGAUGAAAAGUCCCCUUUGACUUUUACACAACCGGAUGUGGAGGAUGGCAAUAUCCUUUAUGUGCGGACAGCCCCCAUCCAAGAACAGGACUGUUUUUCCCGGGAUGUGAUGAAUGGUUUCCAAGUUGUAAGCAGAGUCGAAAUCUUGGUCGGUAUCGUGCCUAAGUGGAUUCUUCUGCAGGUGCAGAAUUUCACAGUUCAGGAAGGUGGCUCCAGAGCACUUCUAGAAGACUACCUCAAAAUUCCAAGCAAAUAUUUUGAGGGACUUGACUGUGAAUUUGUUCUGCUUGAACCACCAAAACACAGUGAUGUCAAAAGUUCUAAUUUUCCAAGAGGAAAGCUAAUGAAAUUUACCAGGAAACAGGUAAUAACUCUCAGUUUAUGUAAUUGGGAAUGUUGGGUCCUGGCUCUAGUACCCCAGAUUUAUUCUGUACCAGAGCUUAAGAUAGCAUGUUCCAGGAGCACACUCACAGGCCAUGAUCUGGAAUUCCUCUGCCCACAGAACUCCAAAGAAAUUCUCAUAGCACCUGUGUACGAGUGGACACAACUUUCUCUUGAGACCCUUCAUGAACUUUUCAACUCUUGUCAGAAACACCUCUGA